CCCCCUAGCUCUGCGCCCCGACAGAGGCCGGGCCCCUGCCAUACCGAGGUCCCCGGCAGGCAAGGCCCCUCCUGCCCGGCCCAGCCCUGCCCAGGGCGGGCAGCGCCGGGCUCCCCCCUCGGCUGAGGGACGCCCCCCGGGGACCCGCGCCCCUUCUGCGGGGCCAGCGGCCGCCGCUCAGCCCAGCGUCCCCGCCUCGCCCCGCCGUACCCAGCGCCGCCGGCCCCGGAGCACUUUCCCGGCUGCACUCGGCCCCCGGAAGGGCGCCGGGCGGCAGCGCACGGAGGAGAGGAAGGGACCAGCCGGGCCGUGCGGGGAAGGGACGGUACGGAGCGGGGACAUGAACGGCUCGGCGAACUCGCUGCUGGACAAGGAGGAGCACCCGCUGCAGCUGGGCGAGAGCUUCGAGCGGCGGCCCAAGGCCUCCUUCCAUACCAUCCGCUAUGAUUUUAAGCCGGCAUCGAUUGAUACCUCUUGUGAGGGGGACCUCCAGGUCGGUAAAGGAGACGACGUAACCAUCACCCUGCCCCAUAUCCCAGGCUCCACUCCACCCAUGACUGUGUUCAAAGGAAACAAAAGGCCAUAUCAGAAGGACUGUGUGCUCAUUAUCAAUCAUGACACUGGGGAGUACGUGCUGGAAAAGCUUAGUAGCAGCAUCCAAGUCAAGAAAACAAGAGCAGAGGGUAGCAGUAAGAUUCAGGCCCGGAUAGAGCAGCAGUCUGCCCGAGCAUCUCAGCCUCCUUCACAGUUCAGAGCCCCAACCAAGCCAGCAGCUGGGCCCAAAACGUCUCCUUUGAAGGAUAACCCCUCACCUGAGCCUCAGCUGGAUGACAUUAAGAGAGAACUGAGAGCAGAGGUUGAGAUUAUUGAGCAGAUGAGCAGCAGCAGCGGAAGCAGCUCCUCGGCUUCAGAAAGCUCAUCUGGGAGUGAAGAUGAAAGCUCCAGCAGCGAGGGGGAAGAGCCAGCACACGUGUCCCCUUCCCAGCCUCCACACCAGCAGUACAACAACAGGAAUGCUGUGGCCAACGGCACCAGCAGGCCACAGGGGAGCAACCACCUCAUGAACACACUCCGAAAUGACUUGCAGCUGAGUGAGUCUGGGAGCGACAGCGAUGACUAAAGGCUGGGCUUUUGCUCCUUCUGUUACAUAUCCCUGAAGAACUCAUGUACCUGGAAGUGAUCCUAUGGCUUAAGAAGAGGAGUUGGCACAGGGACAGAGCUCCACAUGUGGAAUUUUAAUAGGAAAAAGGCACAGCCCUACAAAACAGCAGCUGUGGAGGGCUGCUUGACUUUGUGAAUGAAGUGUACAUUUUGUGUAUAUUCUUAUCCUUCUAAAGCUUUAAGUAGAUCAUGUACAGUGGGGAAGCCAAGGUAUGUUCCUAUCCAUCACCUCUAAGUUCAGUGUGUAACUAUGUGAUGUCAUCUAAGAGUUUCUUGUUUGUAGAAGACAUUCAGCCCAUCAUGGCUUUGAGGACUUUUGUAUAUAGGGUGAGCAUGAGCCAACAACUGAGUUCCAAACCCAUGCAGGAGCUGGUGUGUGCACUGAAGUGGGUCAGUCAGCAACUGAGUUUGAUGAUGAAGUUGAUUUCUUUGAUUUGGGACUUUUCUAAUGCCUUUUUAUUGCUAUUUAUGAUUGAUUUAAUGAACUUAACUUUUAAAGAGUUGGAAACCAGAAAUGAUAAACCCAUGUUCAUCACAAAGCUUGCUGCACCAGUGCCUUAUAAGCAGUUUAUUUAAAGAGGGCUUCAAUUCCUGCCAUCAUUCCUGGAGGAAGCAAUGCUGACACUUCCUCAGAUUGCUUCUGCAAAUGGGGGCUGCAUUUCACAUACAGCAGCUGGGAGUGGGAUAAAGGACGGACAUCAGUCACCUGAACACAGACAGACAGGAAUGAGAUCAGCAUCUUCUUUUGCAGUGGAAGAAUCUUGUUUCACACACUCAAUCCUAGCCUUCAGAAAUAUUUAGGAUCCCAGUUACCACUCAGAUACAAGACAUUGGACUUAGGGAAAUUGGCCUCUUCUUUGCAGUUUCCGGGAGAAUGCAGAGAGCAGAGACAACUAAACAAUUGGUAGUGAGACAGCAGAAGUCUCUCUCCCACCCCAGUUGUCCAGGCAGACUUUGAUCCAGGUUGUUUGCUGGACAGGAUCUCUGUGCUUGGCAGGAGUGCACAGAAUGUGCAGUGUUUGCCUAGGGUGAAAUUCACCCCUGUUCCAGGGGGUUUGAAAGGGGCUUGGCUGGGUUAUCAGUAACUUCUUUUGCUCGCAUGAAGAAUGAGUGGCAGUGGAAGAGGAGCUCGAGCACCAGGCUGGCUUUUUUAAUCCAGGCUUCACUGGCGUAGGAAAAGUGGUGCCACAGCUGUGGUGCCAUCCUGAGGAACAGGAAGCUGAAGUGGUGGCCUCUCCAGUCUGCAGGGUCUGCUUUUGUCUGCCUCUUAGUUUCUGGUUUCACUGCUGCUUGUUUACUGAGCUCCUUCCUGUUUUUCAUAAGGUGUUGAAGAGCAAGGGGACAUUUGAAGGGAGCUUUUCUGGCCUGGUUUAUUUUCUUGUUGCAUCAGAUACAUAUCUAGGCAUAUUUUUGCAUUCUUGUACAUACAUUUCAAAAGAUUUGGGUUUUUUAAAGUGAUUUGUGAUGUGGGUCCAUGUUUGAACAGACAGCUAUCGAAUACACUUGAUGCAAAGCCACAGCUGCUGGGUUUUUUCUUUCUGAUUUCCUCCCCCCCUGUUCCUCCUCUGACAGCAGCACUGCUCUGAUUUAACAAGCUGGUAUCAACAGUGGUGGGGUGUGCAGGGCGGGGUUACACUUGGGUGCAGGAGAGCUGCAUGGUGGCUGAUGGUCUAAUUAAUGCUAACGCUGCUUCUGACUUCUCCCCAGCUGAAGAUGUGGGGAAGCAGAGAGGCAUUUCUCUGGUGCCAUUUCCCAAUUCCUGCAGCUUACUCCUGAGUUUCUGAAAUGAAGGAGCAGCAGGGCAGUGUUCUCCUGGCUUAUCUUUCACUGGCUGCUCCUGCACUCUGACAUCCAGGGCAUGUCACAGGGAGUUUACUGAUGAUGUGAAAAUACAAUGUAUGAAACUUCAGAGGAUAAGGCACUACCAGGCUACAGGGAUGCGGAUCGCCAAUCUAAUGAUGGUUUCAGAUCAGCAAGUGGGAAAGCUUCAUUGUGAGGAUCAAUUACUGCCUUGUUUUGUGUCUGUACUCUAGGUCAUGUUUCCCUGCUAUCCCUCACUGAAAGAUUUCUUCCCCUCCCUGUUUGUUGGCGACCAAAUCAAGAUCCUAUGACACAGCUUCAGCUGUGCUUGGCCACCCUUCACCUCCCCUGGAGAUGCUCUGUAUCAAGGGUGGCCAGCCUGCUGUGGUUUAGCCCCAUGUCCUGACUGCAGCACCUGACUGCCCACAGGGCUGGUGAGUGAGCUGGUGGCCCACAGCCCACUCAUGGACAGAAGCAGGACAGUCCCUGUGUGUGUGACCAGUAGCCAGCCUGUCACUUCCCUGCCACCAUGUCCUGAGUGGCUCCUGGCAGCUCCUGCCUGAGCAGCUCUCUGGAGUCUCCGCCUGUCCCACGUGGAAUGUUUUGGGAAGGAGAACUGCAUGGAGACAUCAUCUGGAGGCAACUUGUACGGCCAGGAAAGGCAGCUGCCACUUUGUUCCCUUUCUCUUAGUGUGUUUUAAAGCCAUUGCCAACCUGGCAUUGUGACUGGGGGGGGGGUCUUAAAAUGUCGUUGACUACCAAACUGUGCACAUUGCCUCUCCCUCCCUGUUAGAUGGUUCUUUAUUUGCUCAUGAUUGGUGGCAGGUUUUAUUCAGAUGGAAACUGGAAUUCAACUUGCAGAAAAGCAGCUCUGUAGAAGGCUUUUAAUUACUUGGCAAUAUCUUUAACAUGCUGGAGAAGUCAGUUGGCUAAAAUAUGUUCUGAUUAAACCUCUUAAUGAAACCAAGUAUUCCUGAUUAUUGCUGGUAGGGUUUAAUCCUCUAGGAUUUUAGCACCAGCAGGUCUUGCCACCUUAGGCUGGUUUUUCCACAUCAAGUA